AGAUGGUGUGGUGCUGUCUUCUUAUUUACGAUGAAAAGGUCUGGAGUACCGAUUUGAUAUUAGCAAUAGAGACCAGUCUGAGGGCCAUCUAAGAUAGGGUUAAUACUCGCACCACCUAGUUGGCGGGAUUGUCGCGAGGAAAGCGUUCUAGCUCUAUAGCUCCAGCGCUGUCACUGAAGGGGCCAAAGGGCCAAUUUCUGGAGGCAGAACUUUGUUUUUAAUCCACGACCCUUGUCGGUCCUCAAGGGGUUGGGACAGUCAGUUUAGGAGUCCCGGUCCUCGAACUCUGGUCCAACAAGAGGGAAAGGCUAUCGUCUCUGGGUGGAGUGAGGCAAACUCGGCAGCGGGUCCACUUGCUAUCUUGAACUUGAAAGUUGGCGCGGUUCCCUGUCUCGCUCGGUAUCUCCAGCAGGCGGCCACCUUUCGGAAAGAAUACUUCCGGCACGCGAAGGCGAAGAAGGGGGUGGGGAACUAAUUUAAGGAGCUGCUUCCGUUCUGGAGGACGGUCAGGGCGGUACUUCCGUCGGCGGGACCCUUUUGAAGGGUGGACUUGUCUGGCUGGAGAGUGCCUGGCGGAUGGUAUUAAGGAUCGGACGCUUCCGGCCCGAGAAAGCCUACCCGCCUCGAGCUGUGUGUAGGGCCCGAUCCGAGGGGCUCGGAUCAUGGCGGAGAAUCACUGCGAGCUACUCUCGGCUCCUGGCGCCGCUGCGCUCGGGGUGGGGCCGGGGGGUGGCAUGUGUCGGCGCUGCGGUUCUGGGCUUGCGCCCCUCGGGGAGCGGGCUACAGGAGGCGGCUCCAAGUGGGUCCGGCUCAACGUGGGCGGCACCUACUUCCUCACCACCCGGCAGACGCUAUGCCGGGACCCGAAAUCCUUCCUGUACCGCCUGUGCCAGGCAGAUCCGGACUUGGACUCGGAUAAGGAUGAAACAGGUGCCUAUUUAAUAGACAGAGAUCCCACCUAUUUUGGGCCAGUCCUGAACUAUUUGAGACAUGGAAAAUUGGUCAUUAAUAAGGACCUUGCUGAGGAGGGGGUGCUGGAAGAAGCUGAAUUUUAUAACAUCACUUCACUAAUAAAACUUGUAAAGGACAAAAUUAGAGAGCGAGACAGCAAAACAUCACAGGUGCCAGUAAAGCAUGUCUACAGAGUGCUUCAGUGUCAAGAGGAAGAACUCACUCAAAUGGUUUCAACCAUGUCUGAUGGCUGGAAGUUUGAGCAGCUGGUCAGUAUUGGUUCAUCUUAUAACUAUGGAAAUGAAGACCAAGCUGAAUUUCUUUGUGUUGUCUCCAAGGAGUUGCAUAAUACCUCUUAUGGCACAACCAGUGAACCCAGCGAAAAGGCAAAGAUUUUGCAAGAGAGGGGUUCCAGGAUGUGAAGACCACAGUAUUGAGAGAUGAAGAAUUUUCGCUUUUUUUCCUCCCAAAAUACAAUGAAAUGCCAUGUUGAAGAGGCUUGGCUAUAAGAAGAAACCUGCUUUAGACAAUUUUCUAUUGAGAUCUGGGUUUGAAUUUGAAUCUUUUUUUGAGGGCCUGUUGAGGUAGUGUGAGAUGGAAUUGACUGGCUGUGAGACCAUGAAGAAAUCACUCUUUGGCAGAGUGCACAGAGAAUGUGUGUGUUCAGCCUGGUGCUGGCACAUGGCAGGACUGGCCCUGGGUGGAACUAGCACACACCCUGAAUUCUUCCCCAGGUCUGUCUGCACAGGACUGAGGCAGAAAGAUCCUAUAAUGAUUGGUGUGAAGUGAUUUUUUUUUAACCUUUUUUUUUUCCUUUGGUAUUAAUCUUUGAAGAUAGUUUAAAGGACAAUGUAUUUGGUGCUACAUAUUACAACCCUUAAAUGCAGAUGUUUGGGGCCUUCACUGUUAGGAAAUGCUUGGCAGCCCCAGUUUACUGUCUUACACUGUUUGGUCACCCCAUCCAAGCUUUAGGAGAUCAAAUGAUAUCAGAAUGUAAUAUGUUUUAUCACCAGGCAGCAGGAACAUACAAGUGAGAUGAGUUCAGCCAUCCAGUCUUAUUGCAUGCAUUUAGUUGGGAGUUACCUUUGCCAUUAAAAUGAAGCACCUAAUAAGAGAAGAUUUUUUUUUUGUCACUACUUUCUGAAAAUCUUAUCUUAGUAACUAAUUCUUCUAACAGAAAUUAAGCUUCCAUCCCAGCUAAAUGUUGGAUUAGAAAAAAAAAUUUCUUAAUAUGUACUUUCCAGUUAAGAAAACUUUGUAUUCUCUCCCCUUCCUCCCUUAAAAAAAAAUGUAUAGCUCAUUUACCAAAUGUUCCUGUUUUUACUUUCUAGGAAUGCUUUAAAAUGUUGAGAAUUUUUUUGGAUUAGGUUAAAUGAUUGAAUGAGAGGUACUUUGCCUAAAAUUAUAUAGACUGGUCGGUUGUAAUUGCUGACCUCUGUCCAUGCAUCUGUUGUCCAAGUGAUCUCCAUUGGGAUUGGGGAGGUGUUUUGCACAGAUUUUCACCUGAUUUCUUGAGUUUAAAAUCUGGAUUGAAUUGAAAAAUUCAGGAUGUUUACAGUGCAUCAUAUGUCUCUCUCUUCCUCUUUCAUUUUCUUUGUAAAAACUAUGCAGUUCUCUCUAGAAUCAUGGGGAUGUUUGAGAUCUCACACAGAACCAGUACAGGAUAUGCUAGCCUUACAUAAGAUUGGAGCUAUUAGUUUUUUUUUUUAAAUCUGUUAGCAUGCUUUUAAAACAGAUUUAACUAAAAUAGUGGUGUGAAACUAGUUUUCUAAAGCUCUGUUUGGUAAGGUGGAGAUGUGAGUAUCUAGAAUGAGCAGACUCUUUGCUCCUGAUUAACAACUGUUUCAAAGGGAAGAUGUAAGAAAACUGACCCUCAGGAUUGCUGACAUUUACAUUUUGGAGGAUGUCUAGAAUUUUAAGGCUUUUAAAAUGUUACAUUUCAAAAUAUUUCCUGAAAUGUUGCCUCCACCACUUCAUCUUGCCAGUGAUAUGUUCAUCAAAGUUCUUGAGCAUCGAGGACUUAACCUCCCUUUUUAUAAAGUUUGUUGUAUGUUAUUGUUAAAAAGGUUUGGCUUAAACUAUUUGUAAAAAAACAAAAACAAAAAUAUUUCUUACAAAGCAGAUUUAGUAACAGGCUAAAUGUUUGUUUUUUGUUUUUUUUCCUUUCACCCAGUUGAGGCAUGGAAGGAUUCGUAGUGUGUUGUUUCCACUUGGACAUGCUCUCUGCAGGAAGCUGCUAGUUGCUUAGCAUCCAUUUGAUUAGUGAUAUUGAGAAGAAAGGUUUGUGGUGGUGUUUUUUUUUUUUUUUUAAAUAUUGAGACUUAAUUAACUAAAAUUUAUUCUAAAGGGGAUAUUUAUACUUUUAUACUUUUUUAGGUAUCCAUAUUUUAUCAGCUUAAAGUUUAAUGCCUAAGUUUCCCCUUGAAAAUAGCAAAUAAUAAUGUAUAUUUACAGAUAAGCAUAAUAGUUGUUAGUGUCUUAAAUUGCAUAUAAAAGUCUCUGCUGCCAAAGUCCCUAGAUAAGCAUCUGGGGCUAGAGAUUGAUUACAUUGAGCUCCAGAUGUAGUCUAGGGCAUCUCUGCUACCAUCAAGGCAUUGGUUUUGCUCUUGUGAGCCAUGCAGAGUAAGCUCAGCGUUCUAUUUCUUGGCUUGGUUUUAUUUGCCUUAGGGAGCAAGAGUCAUGGUUCCCAGGAGUAAGGUUCGCUUAGUGCCUGCCUCUUGUCAUCCACAUUCCAAUCACUGCACAAGAAGGGUAUGGUAAUUCCUUUCUUUUGACCAAGCAACUGUAGUGUGACUUUUCAGGACUGAUUAUAGCCAGCAGACCUGAAAGAAAAAAGAGAGAGUAGUAGAAAGAAAGCAUACAGAUUUCUUGGAAGUAGAAUUUGCAGAGUAUUCCAGAACUGAAGAAUUUCUUUUAUGGAGUGACUUCAUAUUGGAAUACUUUGCCAUUGUUCAUUUGCUUCUCCCAAUGGCAUUGCCUUCCUUUUUGCCUUCAUUAUUCCCCUGUUUGGGAAGGGGGUGAAAGGAGCACCAUUUUAAAAUGAAAAUUUAUUGAUACCUCAUAAAGUUAUUAUUGUUGUGUCUGUCUCUUUUUUUGGCAAAAAAUAAAAAUAAAAAAUGAUGCUAUAAAUGAUGAUUUCCCAAAUUUCAUGGGAAAUUUCUAGACAACUCAUUUGAAAGAAUUUUGGGUGGGAUUGGGGGGGGAAGAACUUCUAGUUUCCCUUACUAAGUAGCAGUGCAUUCUUAGUGGCUCAUAAAAUCAGACCUUAAGCUAGGAUUAUUUCUCCUCAAGAACUCCAAAGGACCUGCUGUAAUAGCUGUUUUAUUCCUUGUGUUUUCAAAAUCUUGUAUCCAAGACCAAGUACAGAUGGCUGCCUCCAGAGGAGGCUUGCUAUGUGCAACUGGUUCAUCAUUCUUAACACUGUUAGGAUUCCCAUACCUGCCACUAUCUAAAAAUCAGAAGAGUAUUAUAUUAUAGAAAUGCUGAUGUUUGUUUUGCAUUGAUUAAUUCUCUCUGUCUAGAUGUGGGCAAGAGCAAUUUACCAUAAGUUUCUCCCCCCAAAACCACUUUGAGAGUAUAAAUUUUCAUUCAGUGUCUUCUGUAUAAACUAGCAGAAAAGCUACUCCAGGAAAUUCUGUACCAUCAGUUGAAAGACUUUUACUAAAAUUCCACAAAAAAUUAAUUAGCCUAUAGCUUACCUCCGAGUAUCAGGGUACAGAUGUAACCUCCAGUAGUCUAGAGCAUUUCUCAUAGAAUUGCUGGUCAAAUCUUGUUGCUCUUUUAAUUUUCUAAUGUCCAUGGAAUAUCUUAAUUGAGUCUUUUUAGUUAUCCAGUCCAAUGAUCUAAGAGUCAGACUUUUUUUACAGCUUGAAUUGUAAACUUACUGCUGCUGCAACUGGGAAAAAAAUGGGGGCAUAAGAUGUGCUUCUGGUACCUCCCUGUUGUUCUAUUUAUUUUCUGAUCCUAAUUACCCAGAAGCUGAAAUCUGAGCAGGUAGGAAGAGAGGGAGCAGGAGGCUAAGCAUUUCCAGAUGUCAGUUUCUAUCAGUUCUGGGACUUAACUCAGGAAUGAUACUUUGGCCAUUAUUUUGGGCUGUUCCCCAUUUUCUAGAAACCCUUUGGAAAAGCAAAGGGAUUAAUCCUUUGAAUAUGCUUUGAAAUUAGGGCUCUUUUGUGGGUCCAAAAAGCACUCAGAAAAACAGUUGUCAUCACUGUGUUAGGAUUUACUUGCUGGUUAACACCAGUCUCCAGUAACUCCCUUCCUCAAAUGGCACUGGCCUAUUGGGUCUGACUGCCCUGGCAACAACUUUGGCCUUUCUGCCUGACUGGGACUACAAAGGGCUAAUUAUGCACCACUAUGGGGUUUUUAGUUGUUUCAUUUUUUGUUGUUAUCUGUCCUAAGGAGCUCGCACUUUUACUGCGGUAGAAAAUGCUAAGGGCUAACACCUUCCAGGUCUGUCUUUGGGGACUGUGUGUCUGUCUGUCUAUAAUUAGAUAUGGUGCUCAAACUUAUUUUGAAAGAGUAGCUGCUGCCUUUAAAAAAAAAAAAAAAAGACAAAACCCAAUAACUUUGGAUCAGAUGCACAUGCCCUUGGAGAAGGCUAAGCCUCCUUCGGGUCUGAUUUAUUGAUGCCACUGUCCUUGAGUCAUUGGGGGGAAUUUCUCUGCCUUCUCUCUCUGUCCCUCUUUUUUCUUCUUCCUUUCCCUCCAUUUCUGAAUGUGUCUGUUAAACCUGUUAGGAUUUCAGGUGAUAGGCUCUGAGAAAAUUGGGGUGAUGCCUUUUCCUUUAACACACUGUCUAACCUUUCCCCACAUCCCUUUUGAUUGACUGAAUCAGUCCUAGAACCUCUAGCUUGGCUUUGAGCUCGGGUCUGCUUCUCUGGACUUAGUACUUUCGCACUUAAGGCCUGAUGUAAUUGUGAGAGGGGCUGGGCACUUUUUUUUCUUUACUUGGUACUCGUUCUCUAUUUUAGAGAUCUGUCCAAGAUGCUUAUGGCACAAGUUCGGCCCUAACUAGUUGAGCAGUGGUUCCCCAGGAUGUGGACCAUUUCCUUAGUUCAGACUGUGGAGACCUUGGAAAGGGAUGGGCAUGCAGCUGACUACUCUUUCCUUUCUCAAAGACUACUGAGCUGCUGCUCUUAGACAAGAUUGCUCUGUUAAGACUUGUUUUCAUUUGGGCUGGAUUUGAGUUCCAGGGGUAUGGAUUUUGAAGGCUCUUUCCAGGAGCCUCCCAGUCCUCUUCAAAUACUCCCUCCUUCCUCCCUUUCCCCCCCCCCCCCCCAGAUUUGCCAGGGAGAAAAUAAUCCAUUUGACUGUUUUCAGUGCCCACUACCUUCCUGAGGUUUUUUCUGUGAUGCUUUAUUUCCCAGCUAGUAAAUUAGCAAUAAAUCUUCAUUUCAAUCUCUUUAAAGUGUUCUUAUUGCAGCAGAACUCAGAGCCAAGAGUGGGCCCUGGCUCCUGAGCUUUAAAGUUGCAUCAAGAUUAAAUUUAGCAGCAGCAAAGUGCACAUGAAAAGUUGUAAUUUAAGUAGUCCACCCAGAGGAAUCUGGGAGGGAACCUUACCUGGGGCUUCCUCCUUUAUCCAAAGAGGGAAGGUGGCUGCCUAUUGUUUCCAGAACAAAUAUAUGACAAAAUGUGUGGGUGUUUUUUAACCUUUUCAUAACACUAAGCUUAUUGUGAAUUGUAAAUUGCAUGAAAUAAACUUGUUUUCCCUUUUAAAA